GGACUACCCGCCAUCUGUCCUCUUACCAGGUUCGAGUGUAACAUGAUUGAGAAGGUACAGCGGCGUGCCUCGAAAUCCAUACUGGAGUUAAGGGACUUGCCUUACCCUCAUCGACUACAGCGGAUGCACCUGUUCUCCCUGGAAUAUCGCCGACGUAGAGGUGAUCUAAUUUUUACUAGGCGAAUUCUGAUGGGGGAAAUGGGGACGGAGCUACAAGCGUUCUUUCAAGUCAACACUAAUAGUUCCACUCGGGGGCACAACUGGAAACUAUAUAAACCCAGAAGACUCAGAGUUCGCUCCACUCUCGCUCUAUCAACCCGCAUUGUCAAUGACUGGAACGACUUGCCGAAACAUGUGGUCGACGCGCAGUCGGAGGAAUGUUUCAAGCGAUUUUUGGAUUCUCACUUGAUGAGUAAGCUGGGACCCUGCUUCUUCCAAUGUAGCUGUUACGGCCCCUUGUGGAAUACCGUCUCGUAGCGACUCACGGCAUCCACGCAAUGAUCGGGAAGUGAAGGAGCUGACAAAGGACUUUCCUUC